UUGGUAUGGUUACUAUUUCCUCAACAAUGAAACGGACGAGAGCCCAGUUUAUAUUCACGAGUCUGACAUGAGAGCUCUGAAACACGGUGCGAACGAUACCUGGGAAAUUGCAAUGGUAGACAACCUCGCAGGAAGCACGGGGGAGCUAUCAGUCAUUGAUGCAGCUAUAUCUCCAGAUUUGAUACAAAGUGUUCUCUGGAAUGAUGGAACUCAAGAUGUCAUCUCUAAAAUGACAUGCGUUAACUACAUAGACGAAUAUCUGUGUACAAUGAUGCUCCUUGAUGACAUAUCUGAUGAGGGAUUUACGUACCUGCGCGGUCUUUACACAACUACUGAUACGAAACGACUCAACCAUAGACCUGUGUAUCAAUGGACAGGGGCAAUUCCUGGAGGGCCACAACCAAAUACUAACCAAGAAUCGUUGUAUCUAUAUUUCUUGUCCGCUACAUCAGAAUGGGUAAUUGACACUACACUAGAAGACGAGGAGGAUGGCGUUAUCUGUAAAGUGGUUGAUCCGGUGGAUGAUCCAACACUCAUAUCAAGAAAAUGGAACUGUCUCGAUACUGCUACGAAUACCACAGUUCCCGUUGAGCUGAUUCAGUUUGUCUAUCACAAUGGAGAAUUCCCGGAAACAACUGUCAUUCCCGAGGUGACAUCAGAGAUGACAACAGUCAUUACCAUCCAACCAUCAACAUAUGCAGAAUUAGAUUCAACAACGGCAACAAAUGUACCAUCAGUUGUAACCACGGUUCAUCAUGAAGAGGAGAACACAAC